AUGGAUCUGGACGAAUUGACAACCCCAACCACAGCAUCAAGCUCUAUAAAUACGCCGUCUUCAUUUCAGGGCAACAACACUAAUGGUUUUGACGGAAUUUCAACUGCUUCUGCUGCACUUAAACCUACCAAUCAGCAAAUAGGCAUGUAUAAUAACCCCAAUCACAUAUCCAAUUACAUGCAACCUCCAUAUAACCAACAAAUACAAUUCCAGCAACAACAACAACAGCAACAACACCAAUUGCACUUACAGCGAGAACAACAAAAACAGCGGCAGUAUCAGCAAUAUCAACAUCAGCAACAUCAAGGAAAUACUGCUGCUACUACUCCCAAAAGAGGAACGAAGAGAUGGAAUAGAACUUCUAAAAAGAAAGUCAUCUACGAUGAUGAGGAUGCUGACGAAGAUGAGGGCUCUGUUAUUGAAAAUGAGGAAGAUGGAGAUGAUGCCGAUUACCAAGCAAACAAAAAGUAUAAAUCUAAAAAGAGGCAUAAAAAGUCCUCAACAGGAAAGGCAGCAACAGCUAUAGCCGAAGCUCCAGUAGUCAUGGUGCCAAUGCCAACAAAAAUUUUCGAAAAGUUGCUAGAUUAUAGAUUGAAUCCCGUCACUAACAAACCUGAAUUACUUGUGAAAUAUAAACAUUCCAGUUACCAUCAUGUUGAAUGGAUACCCAAAGGGGACUUUGAAAAGCAGCAUUUGGGCAAAUACAGAGUCCAAAAAUUCAUUUCGAAAUGGAAUGCCAAUAAUCAACGUGGGGAGGACUUUUCGGAAUAUUUAAAGAUUGAUCGUGUCAUUGAUGAAGGAGAACUCUAUGAUCCCGUUACGGAUAAAACCAUCAUUUACUAUUUGAUUAAAUGGAAUGGUUUAUUUUAUGAUGCGAGCACGUGGGAACAUGAAGAUGACGUUCAGAAAAUGAAUGCUACAAAAAUCACUGAAUUUCAACGCAACCGUGCCAUUCCACAAGAAAAGCUUCCAAACGCACCAAAAAGACCUGAUCUAUCGCAAUUUAUAAAAUACGAAGCUGGCAUGAAGUAUAAGCACGACAAUCAAUUACGGCCAUAUCAAUUGGAAGGUCUGAAUUGGCUCCGAUUUUGUUACUAUCAGUAUCGGUCGUGUAUUUUGGCAGAUGAGAUGGGUCUAGGCAAAACAGUGCAAUCAGUCGCCUUUUUGAACGACCUCUAUUAUAAAGUGAAUAUGCGUGGGCCUUUUUUGGUUGUGGCGCCUUUAUCUACGAUUCCGCAUUGGCAAAGAGCAUUUCAGGCAUGGACCGAUCUCAACGUCAUUGAUUAUCGUGGCAGUGUUUUUGCUCGUCAAUUAUUGGUAGAGACUGAAUUCUAUUACAAGGAUAUGCACAGUCAGCGUAUCCCGCACCGGUAUAAAUUUGAUGUCCUUAUUACUACCUAUGAAAUGGCUUUAGCAGGUGUCCAACAACUCAAAGAUAUACCUUGGCGCUGUGGUGUCUUUGAUGAAGCGCAUCGAUUGAAGAAUAAACAGUCUAAAGUAGGCGAAGUGCUAAAGACAUUCAUCAUUGAUCACAAAUUGCUUCUCACCGGUACACCAUUACAGAAUAACUUGGACGAGCUCUACAGUUUGUUGAACUUUAUGCAACCGGAAGAUUUCAGUAACGAAAAAGCAUUCUUCGCAGAAUAUGGCAAUUUGCAGACAGCAGCAGAAGUGGAGAAAUUGCAAGCCUUGUUGAAGCCAAUCAUGCUGAGGCGAUUCAAGGAAGAUGUUGAGAAAACGAUCCCCGUCAAAGAAGAAACUGUCAUUGAAGUAGAAUUGACAGCGCCUCAAAAAAAAUGGUAUCGCGCUAUUUUAGAAAAGAAUUUUAGCUUUUUGAAGAAGGGAGCGAAAUCCAAUAAGGACCUUCCUCAUCUCCGAAAUAUCAUGAUGCAGUUGAGAAAAUGUUGUAUACAUCCAUAUUUGUUGGAAGGAGCUGAAGAAGUAAUCGUCAAUGAAAAUCAUGCAAAAACUAUCCAAGAACAGUUCAAAUGUCUUAUUGAUUCCUCUGGUAAAUUGGUGUUGAUUGAUAAACUGUUACGCAAACUGUUCGAGGGCAACCAUAAAGUCUUGAUCUUUUCUCAGUUUACGAGCUGUCUGGACAUUUUAUCUGACUAUCUUCGUGGACGUCAAUAUCCUCAUGAACGUAUCGAUGGUAGUGUCCCUGGUGAACAACGACAGGCUGCCAUUGAUCGUUUCUCUACUUUACCCAUUCAAGAGUCCUUCGUCUUCUUAUUGUGUACCAGAGCAGGUGGUGUCGGUAUCAAUUUAACAGCUGCUGAUACAUGUAUCAUCUUUGAUAGUGAUUGGAAUCCUCAGAAUGAUUUACAAGCUCAAGCACGUUGUCACCGUAUCGGUCAAACCAAAGCGGUUCAAGUCUACCGUUUGAUCUGUCGUAACACCUAUGAAAAGGACAUGUUUGAUCGGGCUGGCAUGAAGCUAGGUCUUGACAAAGCUGUUAUGCAACGUAUGAACUCUACUCCCUCUUCUACCAAUGAUGGGCAAAAUCAGCAGCAUCAACAACAACAUCAGCAGCAACAGCAACAGGAAUUGAUAACAAACAAUACUAAAAACAAUGAACUGAGUCGUAAAGAAAUAGAGGAUUUACUGAAACGAGGCGCUUAUGGUGCUGUGAUGGAUGAUGAAGAUAGUGCUCAGUUUUGCGAAGAAGACAUUGAUCAGAUUUUGGAACGUCGCACUACUGUUAUCCGCCAUGAGGGUAAUGAAAAGGGGUCGAUCUUCUCCAAAGCAACAUUUGCGACAACCUCAAGUGAUCAACAAGAUGUCGAUUUGGAUGAUCCUGACUUUUGGGAAAAAUGGGCCGAUAAAGCUAAUAUCGACAAAUCCACACAAGAUGGUGGCAUCAAUGGUGGCCUCGGUUCAGAGAAUGACUUGAUUGUUUAUGAACCAAGAAAAAGACGUCAAGUACAGCGAUUUGGUGCUCGUAUGGCAGCCAUGGGUUAUGAUUCAAACAAUGAUGAUGAUUCAGAUGCGGCCUAUGAAGACGAAUCCGAACGAUCUAGAAAGCGGGAUGCGCCUCGACUAUGGUCCUUAUCUGAAAAGACAAAGUAUGAGCGAAAAUUGAUGAUUUAUGGUUACGGCGCCUGGAAGCAAAUGCAAGCCCAUUUUUCACGUCGGUCUGUGAAGGAUAUGAGAGCUGUGACGAGAUGUUUGAUCCGUAAAGUAAGACAUGUUAUUGAACCCAAGACAGAAGAAGACCGUCGGUUGCUGAGGGACUUAGAUGGUAUAUUAAGCAAUGAUGCAGAAGAUGGAAUAACAGAUGAAGAUGAAAUGCCUUAUACAGACGCGACAAAAAAGCAAAUUGCGGAGUUUCGAUCUUUCUUGAUUCAGGCACCUCAAGAAUAUGUGGAACAUAUUGAGAGAAAGGGACGUAAUUUUUUAUUACGUAUUCAAAUGCUACACAUGGUAAGAGAUCGGAUCGUACCAAAAGAUUGGGAAGAAGCAAAGAAACUAGCUAUACCUAAGGUAACUGGAUCGCUGCCUUGUGAUUGGUGGGGAGAAGCAGAAGAUCGCGAUUUACUGUUGGGUAUAUGUAAGCAUGGUUAUCAACAAUAUUUAACAAUGCGCAAAGAUAAAGAAUUCUGUUUCUAUGGGAAAAAAUAUGACGAUAGCAAAGCAGGCACAUUACAAGAAGAUGACGAUGAACAUGGCGAACAACAGCAUGAUACUUUCGAUACGGGCAAUCAUCACCAUCAUAACUACCAUCACCAUUCUAAAGAUGAUACAGUUUAUGUUUGGCCUUCCAAAGCAGAUAUAGGUAUGCGAUUACGUCGUAUUAUAGCAGCCUUUUUACGUGAGCAAGCUAUAGAAAAGAAGAAGCAAGAGGAAAAUCUCAAGAGAGCAAAUGCUGUCCAAACACAGUCAACACGCUCUCGUAUUAGAGGAGGUGACCCUGGCAACAGAUGGAAUAAGCGAAGUCGUGCUGAUUUUCUACGUACUGUUUUAUCUUUUGGAGUGGAGACGGUGGCAGGUGAGACCAAUAUUCGCUGGGAUAGAUUCAGAGAGAUUUCAGGCUUAGCAAACAAAUCAGAUGCAGCUCUCGAUCUGCAUUAUCAACAAUUUGUCACUGCCUGCAAAGAAAUCAUGAAAAAACAGCAAGAGAAAGAACAGCAUCAACAACAACCACAGCCACAGGAUGGUAUGGUAGCCGAUAAUGAUGACAGAAGCCGUGAAUCUAGUGAAGAACCUAAUGGCGGCGGAGAAGAAGCAAGACUGAUUGAUACGAUUCCUUAUGAUAAAGCUAGACGUGCCUUAAGACGUAUCAAGCAAAUGAGAAAAAUUCGUGAAGAAGUAGUUGUGCAUCCAGAAAUUGAUACAUCUCUUCAAAGAGCUAAGAGAACAUCAGGAUUGCCAUCAUGGUGGGAAGUUCCAGUACAUGAUAAAGCUUUACUACAAGGAAUUUGCAAACAUGGCAUAGGUCGACACGAUCUCAUGAUUACGGACGCUGAUCUUCCUUUCUAUAAAAUAGUUCAGGACAAUGCUGAACAAGGCGAAAUACCCGAUAUAGAUCCUCAAUCUAUUUCAGCUACUUUAUUACGUAUUAACUGGCCUAAAGAACUUGUCAUACAGAGACGUAUCGAUUCUUUAUGUGAUCUAAUCUUGAAUCCCAAACAACCGGCUAGUAUUAACGCACGCAGUCGGAAACGUAAAUCUCCAGGUAGUAAUCUCUCUUUGAACAAUGAUGGCCCUUCAGGUACAAAAACACCACAAGAAUCUUCUCCCAGUGCUACUACAGGAGUCACAUCAGGAAAAUAUCCUCCUCGUCCCAUGAUGGGAGGAAAGACAAUUACACCCGCAAUGGCCGCAUCGCUUGCUGCCAGACGAACACUACUUAGUGAUGUUGAAACAGAUAGUGAUGAAGAGGAUGACGAUGCAGAGGUAGACGAAGAUGAAAUAAAGGAACGACAGCAAAAACGAAUGCGAUAUGAAGCCCACCUUCGAGAGCAGCAGCAACAACAACAGCGAGAUCACUCCAGCGAUAACACUGUACACUACUCAAGUAAUAGACGUAUGCCUACAAAGCCAUUAAAAUCUCAGCAUGGCCACAAUAGAUACCCCUUCAGCCAUCAACUGCCAGCUCGGUCUAGGACCCCACCAUCGUCAUCAUCUUUACCGACCGCAGCGAGCGCCUAUAUGACAAAUGAGGAGGAUGAGGAUGAUGAAAUGGAAGAGGGCGAAAUAACCAACUCAGAUGAUGAAGAUUAUAAAGAUGAUAACAAUAGAAAUAGUGGCAGUGGGUAUCAUGGUAGUAGCAUGUAUAAUAACCGAUCAUCUUACGGCUUUUAA